AUGUUCAAGAAGUCCGGGCAUCAGCUCUCCUCCCGAUGUACAUGUCGCAAUCAGCGCCAUGCAAUUGCGCAACUCCAUGCCAAGCGUCGUGCCCUUGGCAACUGCCGGGAUUUCGACGGUUUCCUAGACAUCUCAGCUCAUUCGGCCAUACUCCGAGCCCUACAUCCGCUCUUCGUGACCGUGAGUAAUCCCGCCAACAAUACUGCGACAUGCCACACCAUAACCGCACUCGGAUGCUUCCAAGACUCUUGGCGUGGCUCCCCCAUUGUACCACCCGCGAAUAUAAAGAUCCAGGCUGAGAAUGCCUCUCCGAUCCUCUUGGCACCUGGGCAUGGGUCCGAGGUGACGGUAGCAGCAGGAUUAGAUGGUUGGCAAGCCCUUGGCAUCAGCCGGAAGCCAUGCGAAAGCCUCUCUCAUCUGCUACGAAGGUUUCUGCGCGACUUCGUUGCUGUUACCCUUUUCUUUGAUCUCUCAUAUCUCGAAAUCGCGUCGUUCUCGUCCCAUGAAGUUCAAUUUCUUGAAAAUCUUCCCCAUUUAAUCGGUACCACCAUGGUACUUGCCCAAUAUCUGAAGAAGGUAGUGGCCUGGAUCGCUCCUCCUCCGAAAAAAUCGGAAGAUGGACGUGACCAAUGGCCCUCUCGAGCAGCCUUCCUGCUGGCCGCCAUGGGAGGCUGCGCUGGUCAGGGAAAUCUGCUGCGAUACCCCUCGGUGGUCUACAAUAACCACGGACUACAAUGGUUUAUUCCUUACCUGUUGGCCGUGUUCAUCAUCGCCAUUCCGGCUCUUAUUCUCGAGAUUGCGAUUGGACAAGCCUAUCGUGGUGGAACGGUGAUCGCGUUCAAUAAUAUCAACCGUCGGCUGAAAGGCGUUGGCAUGGGCCCGAUUUUGAUCAGUUUUGUCGUCGUACAAUACUUCACGGUCAACUUGGCAUGGAUCAUGAACUAUUUCCGCAACUCCUUCCGGAGCCCACUACCAUGGGAGGGCAGGAUCGAGGAAUUCUACAUGGGAGAUGUCGUCGCCAAUGUCGAUCCAGUCGUGGGCAAUCUCACUGCUGGCAAUAGUGCCGUUGCCCGCUAUACCGUGUACCCUGGUGUUGCCCUUAUUGGUGAGACGGUCGGCUGGAGCGCCUUUAUCUGGUUUCUCAUAUGGAUUUCUAUCUUCCGUGGAGUGGGCCUGACGGGUCGCGUCGUCUACUGGACAAUGGGUCUGCCGAUUGUCACCACCAUUAUUAUCGUUGGUCGCUCUUGUUCACUGGAGAAUGCGGGUGAGGGUAUCCGACUCUUAUGGGCGACAUGGAGAAGCGACCAACUCGCCUCUGGAACUGUCUGGCAAACCGCUGUCGGACAGGUCUUCUUUUCCACUGGCAUCGGUUUCGGAUAUUUCACUUCCUAUGCUUCUUAUAAUUCCAAACACUCCAAUGCUGUCAUGGACGCAAUUCUCAUCUGCGGAAGUAAUGUUCUGUUCGAGAACGUUGCUGCCUUUGCCGUGUUUGGUGUUGUAGGCUACCUCCGACGUUGGCCGCAGGAUGGCGAGAGAUUGGGUGCAUUCGUGGUGGGUUUCCUGACGCUCCCCGAAGCUGUGCUUCACAUGCCUGGUGCGAAUUGGUGGGCAAUCCUUCUAUUCUUUACCCUGGUGGUUCUCGGGUUUAGUUCGGCCUUUGUGAUGCUCGAUGCGGUAGCUACGUUAGCCGUGGAUUCGGGUGUGAAAAUGUCACGACCGAUGAUUGUGACUGGCCUCACAAUAAUUUCAUUCCUUAUGUGUCUGCCGUACUGCACCCAAUUCGGAUUCUACCUGCUGGAUGGAAUCGACCGAUGGAUUAACAAUGUGGCCUUGAUCUUUGUGGUGUGGUCGGAGCUCGUCGGUGCAACCACGGUUUAUCGCUGGCACGAUGUAGUUAGCCAGACAGGGCUGUCUGCUUUCGUUGUGUAUAAUUUCGGAUACUUUGGUGGCCAGAUUGUCGGAGUUGCCGUCGCACACGGUGUCUCGAACCCGGCAGCUGGCGCCGGUGCCGGGUUCGGGUUGUAUAUCGUUUGCUCGAUUAUUUCAGUCCUCAUCGCCAUGACCCCAGAUAUCAAAGCAGCCAGCUUCUGGGGGCGGAAUCCUCUUCUCGGUCGAUUUUGGUAUCUAGCUUUCUACUCGGGUAAUCAAUUAAGACGCGACCUGAACGGUGUCAUUGGUGGUAAUGGAAACUGGAACAUCCCUCGUUUCUGGCCCAUUCUACUUCGAUACGUCAGCGCGCCUAUUCUGGCCAUUGUGUUCAGCUUCGCGUAUCCCGAAUUCUAUACUCUGCGAUACGACCCCAUGAUGAUCGCCGGGUUUAUUUUAGCGCACUUUUGUUUGCUCCUGAUUCUGCUCGGUGUGGUGUUUCCGCGAUAUUACGAUAUCUUUAUUCCGCCUCAUCGGAGGGCCGAGGGUACCGAGUUGACUAUCCCCAAUCAACCCAAAGAACAGGACUUUGAAUCUGGCAUGUCAGAGUCAAUUCCGGGCCACAAAGGUUCCGACAGGAUGGAUACUGGACAUUCGACGGCAGUGCCGAAGCUAUAA